AUGUCAUCCAAAUCAAAAACGUUUGUGCACCAAAGGACUCUAUCUAGAAAGUGAAAGGACAACCUACAGGAUGGGAGAGACAUUUGCAAAUCAUAUGUCUGAUAACGGCCUAUUUUCCAGAAUGCAUAAAGAACUCUUACGACUCAACAACAGAAAGACAAGCAACCCAGUUUAGGAAAUGGGCAAAGGAUUUGAAAGUGCAUCUGCUUCCUCCAAAGCAGUUGUACAAAUGGCCAAGAGGCACCUGAAAAGAUGCUCAACAUCAUUAGCCAUGAGGGAAAUGCAAAUCAAAACCAGGAGAUACCACUUCACACCCACUAGGAUAGCUAUUAUAAGCAAAACAAAAAGGGAAAUAGCAAGUUUUGGUGAGGGUAUGGAGAAAUUGGGACCCUCAUACACUGUUGUUGGGAGUGCAAAUUGGUACUGCCACUGUGGAAAUCAGUUGGGUGGUUCCUCAGUAAGUUAAACAUAGAAUUCCCAUAUGGCCUGGCAAUUCCACCCUUAGCUGUAUACUCAGAAGAACUGAAAACAGGUGUUCAAACAGAACCCUGUACAAGAAUGUUCACCGCAGUGCCAUUCACAACAGCUAGAUAGUUGUGAUGGCCGUCCAACGAGUGUACACCUGGUGCCACUGGGUCAUACAUGUUUGCUGUUUUUUCUGUACAAGGUUCUGGUCCAGUGGGAAGUGGGAGCUCCCUCAAAGAGAGGGUCCAGUGAGCAAAGGUGAGCAGGGUGCCACCAGCGCCCCUUCUUUGCAGGCCCAGGCCCGCCGGGGCCAAUGGGAAAGCAGUGACCUCACCGAACUUGUAGGUCACAGAGCCUGUGCCUCGACCAAUGAGGGGCCGGUCCGUGGUCGUUAGAACACUGAGCGGGAGCCUCUGUACUGGCUAUCUUGAGCGGUUGAGACCAACUGGCGAAUCGCAACUGACCGCACCUGACCGCACCUGACCGCACCUGACCGCACUGCAGAGCUAGGCCGGUUGGAGAAAGUGCACCUAACGCCCAGCAUGUCUGGGCAAAGGAGCCGUGAAGGACCCUCCGAUCACCAGAGGCGGAACCACAGCCGCACAAGCAACAGCAACCGCAACCGCAACCGCAGCCGCAGCCCGUCUACCAGAGCAGACUUGUCCUUUUCUGUGAGCCACCUGGAGCGCCUCCUGCGGGAAGGCCACUAUGCCCAGCGCUUCAGCUCACGCGCACCCGUGUACCUGGCGGCCAUCAUCGAGUACCUGACCACCACCGUCCUGGAGCUGGCGGGCAACGAGGCCCAGAAAAUCGGCCGCAGGCGCAUCACUCCGGAGCUCCUGGACAUGGCGAUCCACAACAACGCACUGCUCAGCGGCUUCUUUGGGAAUACCACCAUAUCCCAAGUGGCCCCGGGCUGGCAGUAGCUGCCCAGCAUGGCAUGGGUUCCCCGGGCCUCGACCCUAGGACGCCAGGCCCCCUCACAGCCCAGGCAGCCUGAGCCUGCCUGGUGCCUUGGGCAAAGUCAUUGAAAAUAAAGUGUUGAAAGAAACCCAUGU